CAAUGCUUCCCAGAGGCUAGGCUUUGGCAUUGCCAUAAUCGAAGACUUACAUUUCUCAGCAGUACCGGCAAAUGAGCACAGUGCUCGUGCUCCACGCAGUCAAUAGAUGAUAAAAUACCCAGGAUCGCGCUGGUUCUCGAGAGGGGAGGGUUGAAUUCCUUAUCCAUCCAUAACGCCGUUGCCGUUGCUGUGUACACCGAAACAUCCCUCAUUAUCACGAUGCAGUGGACUUCACUCGCCGCACUGGCGCUCGUCGCCCCCAGCCAUGCACUGAUUCGAUUCGGAUGCUCUCAACUUGUAGUGGACCGACUGGACCCUCUGGUCAACCCGGGCUCCAACCCAUCCCCACAUCUUCACCAGAUCCUCGGCGGUAACUCCUUCCAACCUAGCAUGAAACCAGUCGAACAUGACCUUGCUAAACUGUCGACGUGCACAUCUUGCCAACCGUCCGAGGACUUCUCCAACUACUGGACCGCAGCUCUCUACUUCCGCUCCCGAAACGGCACCUUCAAGCGCGUACCCCAGAAGGGCAACGCCGGCUUCGAGGGCCAAAACGGCGGCAUGACCGUCUACUACAUGCAGAACCAACUGGCCGACUACCAGCAAAAGGCCAAAGUGCAGUCCUUCAAGCCGGGCUUCCGCAUGCUGAUCGGAGACCCUGCCGCAGACACGAAGGCCAAAGCCGACAAGUUCCCCCAGCUCACGUACACCUGCCUCCAGGACAUGAGCACGCGGUUCCCAGAGACGAAGAACUUCCCCACGAAGCCCUGCCCCGCGGGUAUCAUGGUCAACCUUAGAUUCCCUACCUGCUGGGAUGGCGUCAACCUCGACUCGCCGGAUCACAUCUCGCACAUGGCUUAUCCUGCCAGCGGGAACUUCGAGUCGCAGGGUCCUUGCCCCGCGAGCCAUCCCGUACGGAUGCCUCAAGUCAUGUACGAAGUAAUCUUCGAGACGAAAGACUUCAACGCAAAGGCGGACUGGCCCACCGACAACACCCAACCCUUCGUGUGGUCCUUUGGCGACGGCACGGGCUACGGCAACCACGGCGACUACGUCUUCGGGUGGAAGGACGACUCGCUGCAGAAGAUCAUGGACGAGGCCUGCUACGUCAACUGCAAGAGCAUGAAGACGCAGUCCAUGGACGCCAUGAACGCAUGCGCCAUCAAGAACGUCGUCGACGAGGACAUCGGCGACAAGGACUGGAUCGCGGAGAUUCCAGGCGCGCCGCCUAUGAAGCUUCAGGCUGCUGAUGGGUCGGUUUAAGACGGUGAUGGGGGAUCUGACGUUGAAGGGAGAUGGGACUUAGAAAGUUAGGAAGGCUG